AUGGCGGCAGCAAUGGAGACUCACAUGCCACAGCAUGAUGAUCUAAAUUUGAUGGGACUACAAGAACUUGACUCGCAUCUCUCAAUAUUCGAGUCGAAUCCCGGGAGAGAUUCGUCUACUCCGGGUGCCAUGUCAAACUCUGCUUCUAUUUCCACCGCUGAUAACCCCUCCAAUACAAUCAUUGUUGAAACACCUCAAGAUAUAUAUCCACGGAAGGCUCAACCGGAGAUUUAUCUUCAUGGUAACGGUGGAUAUCAUAAAUCGUUAUCGCCCAAUGUUAACCAACCCGAAAGCACCUCGAAGUCCGCAUCUAGGGACAAUGUGCAUCUAAGACCUGAGAGCGUCCGCGAUUCUAUGACUUCCUCAAUGACCACAGAUCUCGACGAGGCUUCAUCGGCCUUAUCCUCAAUAUCGAGUAAAGGAACAUCUCCGACAGGUUUUGAGGGCAGCUCUAGAGAAAAUACAAAUGGUGCUUCGCGGUCUGGAAAACGUCGUCAAAAAUAUGAUGUUCGGCCAAAAGUCUCAAUACCGACUGAUAUUGCUCCCUCGGAGUAUGCAAGACAGUGUAUAGCUGCUGCGGAAUCGUCACGUUUGAAUCCAUACAGCCUACACACAGAAGAACAUGCUAUGCUACGCAAUCACCUCACGCAUCAGCAGGUUACAACUUACCUUAAUAUACGCAAUGGCAUCUUGAGGCUAUGGACGAGAAAUCCCCUCAUUGGCGUUAUGCGAGAGGAAGCUAUUGGGUGUGCCAAGGAUGCGCGGUGGUUUGACAUUGCAGCUACCUGCCAUGAGUGGCUCGUACGACGUGGCUACAUCAAUUACGGCUGUCUCGAGCAUCAAUCUUCCAGCACUGAAAAUAAGAAACCAAGGUCGAAUAAACGAAAGCGGAAAACAGUUGCCGUUAUUGGGGCUGGUAUGUCCGGUUUGGGCUGUGCGAGACAACUGGAAGGCCUCUUCGCUGAAUUCGAGGAUCGCUUUCGGGAGAUUGGUGAGGAGCGUCCACGAGUCAUUGUUUUGGAAGGGAGAGAUAGAAUUGGUGGAAGGGUAUAUUCCCGCCCAUUCAAGUCGAAGCCGCCAAAUCCCACGCUCAGAUAUGGAAGUCGGCAUACUGCGGAAAUGGGAGGUAUGAUCAUCACUGGAUUCGAUCGCGGAAACCCUCUGAAUAUCAUCGUCCGAGGCCAAUUGGCUUUACCAUACCAUGCUCUGAAACCAGAUACGACGAUUUACGAUGCUACUGGCAAGCCUGUAGAUGCCAAUCGAGACCAAUUUGCGGAGAAACUCUUUAAUUACAUCCUCGAUCGUGUUAGCGAAUACAAAUUCAAAAUACCAACGCCGCCAACCGCUAAUGGAGAUAAAGAUCUGUUAGACGCAGGUCGAGACGUAAAUGCGGAGGGCACCAGAAAGAUCAGCGAGCUCGAAGACGAUCCAUCUCUAUCCACCGAAACCACUGCCAGCAACCGGUCUCCACCUAGUGAAGUGCAAAUGAUUCCUAUAGCUUCUGACAGACUUACUGGCCGAGCGCAUGUUGAGCUUGGCAUUCCCGCUGUGCAUACAGCAGCCUAUAAAGCACAAGAAAUUGGCUGGCUUCUACGACCUGACGUAGGGAUUGAGUUUGAUUUAGACCUCGAAACAGCCGUCAGCUCGAAGUAUGCUACUCUAGGCUCGGUAUUUGACGAAGCGAUUCGCCAGUAUACCAGGAUUGUUGACUUUACGCCCCUUGAUUUGCGCUUGAUCAACUGGCAUGUUGCAAACCUUGAAUAUAGCAAUGCUAUCACUUGCAACAAGUUGAGUUUAGGCGGGUGGGACCUCGAUGCCGGCAAUGAAUGGGAAGGCAAGCACACAAUGGUUAUGGGCGGGUAUCAACAAGUUCCCCGAGGCCUUCUGAACUGCCCGCAACCCCUGGAUGUAAAGAAGGGGUGUAAAGUCAAUAAGAUCACCUAUAGUACUGAAAACAGUGCUUCCCCGUCAAAGAUUGAGUGUGAGAAUGGGGAGAUCAUCGAAGCUGAUUGCAUUGUCUCAACCAUACCAUUGGGGGUCCUAAAGCGCCAAAACAUAUCUUUCCAGCCACCGUUACCAGAUUACAAGACCGGUGCUAUUCAGCGCAUUGGCUAUGGGAUUUUGAACAAGCUCGUGCUGGUGUACCGUGAACCAUUCUGGGACCAAAGUCGAGACAUCUUUGGUACUCUACGUAACCCCCCCGAUCGAUUCAGCUUAGACCAAGCGGAUUAUUUCUCGCAAAGAGGUCGUUUCUUCCAAUGGUUUAAUUGCACUAAGACUUCCGGUCUGCCAACUUUAAUCGCUCUCAUGGCUGGUGAUGCAGCGUUCCAAACGGAGAAGACAUCCAACGAAGCCGUCAUCGCCGAGGCGACCGCCGUACUAAAAACUGUCUUUGGCCCAACAGUGCCGACACCAGUUGAGGCGGUGAUAACCAGGUGGGGUCAAGACGAGUUUUCUCGCGGCAGCUAUUCAUAUACCGGACCGAACUUCCGCCCAGAUGACUACGAGGUCAUGGCCCAACCUAUUGGAAACCUUUUCUUUGCCGGUGAGCACACUUGCGGUACUCACCCAGCCACUGUUCAUGGUGCAUAUAUUUCUGGAUUAAGAGCAGCGUCCGAGGUCUUGGAAUCCAUGAUUGGGCCCAUCAAAAUUCCGGAACCUCUUGUCCUACCCAAAGAGUCAUCAUCGAAAAGGAAAUCCGAUGCCCUCCAAGAUGCUAAAACUCCAAAACAAGUGCGCCUUGAGGCCUACGAGAUUGAGGUAUGGAAUGCAAUUUGGACGAAGCUUGGUGACCGGCCUUGGAAACCUGAAAACAAGUAUGCCAAUCCUUACAGGAUGUACAGCAAAGAAAAAUGGGAAGAAGCCAAGAAGAAAUGUGAAGAAGGCCGGAGACCAGGCAAGGGAAAGCCCAUUCCAAAUGAGGUGAAGAAAAUGGUUACCAAGAUGUGGAAGGAAGCGCCAGAAGAAGAGAAGAAACCAUACGUUGAGCGUGCUGAUGUUCAAAAAGAAGCUUAUGCUGUUGCAAUGGCCGAAUACAGCAUUAAAGCAGCAAAAUGGGAUAAAGAUGCUGCAGAAUUCAGAGGGGAAUAUGUGAGAGAGCACCCCAGCAUUCCUGGUCCUGGCGAGGAGGUUGAUAGUCCAGGUAGAAGGCAAAGGAAAGCAAAACGGAUCAGUGGAUAUGCCGAGGAUUCUGGGUCGGACAUCAACGUAUGA